UCACAUUCUAUACUGUGGAUUGACACAAAUUCGUAAAACAAAUGCCUACUCUGUUUGAAAUGCACGAUUUAGACAAUAAGCUACACAUGAGCUCAAAUUUCUAUGUCCACAUCCAAGAAUGGUACUAGUAUGGUAUAGUAAGAGAUGCGCGUUGAGAGAUGAGCAUCGCCUAUCAAGGCUUUUCAGAAACCAAGGCCCUGAAGAGUGACAAGUCUGAGUGAAAGCUAUAUCCUCCAUUCGUUGAACAUUGCCGUUUAGAUCUAGCAGAUCAUUGAACUUCUAUUAUUGAGUUAGAAGACUGCAUGAAAAUCAAAGUGAACUCUCACUAAUAAUAUAUAUACUUUGCACAUUAAAGAAAUGAAUGCAAGCUCAUAUCUUCAGUCUUUUGGCUGGAAAGAAGGGGAAGCUUUGAAGCAAGGUGGUCUCAGAAAGCCAAUUCUAGUCAAGCACAAGAAAGAUACAAAAGGAUUGGGCUCUGAAGGCAAUGAUGCUGAUAUGUGGUGGGAGAGACUUUUCGAUGGGCAAUUGAAAAACCUUGAAGUCUCGUCAGGCGAAAAUGGAAUUUCUGUCAGCCAAAAUGAAGUUGAGGUUGCCAAUCAUAUGAGAAAAGUUAAUCUGCCGUUAUACAAGAUGUUUGUUAGAGGCGAAGGCUUGGCCGGGACAGUGGGAAAAACCGAAAAUGCGCAUGUGAAGAGCAUAAGUAUAGAGGCCACUGCGGUCUUAGACAGUGUGGAGAAAAGUCUAAACAUUCUGAGCGUGGAAAGCAAGGGAAAAAAGGAAAGUAAAAAGAAAGAGAAGAAGGAGAAGAAGGAGAAGAAGGAGAAGAAGGAGAAGAAGGAGAAGAAGGAGAAGAAGGAGAAGAAGGAGAAGAAGGAGAAGAAGGAGAAAAAGGAGAAUACAAAGAAUUGUCUGUCCGACCUGGAACAUGGCAAGCUUUCAAGAAAAAGGACAUUGCAGGAGUCAAAAAGAAAACUCAAAAGAAGCAAGGUCUAAAAAAGGCUUUUUAAAUUUAUAAUAGAGAUUUCAUUCUCGCCUCCAAUGAAUAAUCUGUAGUGAUGAAACAUGAAACAGAUCUGCACGCUAGAGUUCAUUGCGGAACAGUCAUGGAUUCCUCUGGCUCGAGGAUAUACUAGGACUUAUUGAGAAUGAGGUGGAUUUUCUUCAAAUUCCACAGGCCAACUUCCCCGAUAUUAUGCGAUAGAGGAUGCUGGUCCUCUAAAGUAUGCUCAGAAAUAGAAUAGAGUCGAAACCGGGAAAGGCUUACCAUGUG